CCUAAAUCAACCAUUAAAUCCAAAAAAAGAACCCUAAUUUCACCCCCAAUUUUCCCCAUAACUCGAAACUCACGUCAUUCUCCGUCAAGCCCUAUGUUCAUUCUCCAAUGUUCAAAACAUAAAUUCCGUUAAUCCCUUUGGUACACUAGUUAUACUAUUAUGGUUCCUUGGGGUGGAGUUACUUGUUGUUUGAGUGCUGCUGCUCUUUAUCUGCUUGGCAGAAGUAGCGGAAAGGAUGCAGAGGUUCUUAAAUCGGUGACUCGAGUAAAUCAGUUGAAAGAUUUGGCACAACUACUAGAAGCUGCAAACAAAGUGUUGCCUUUUGUUGUGACAAUAUCCGGUAGAGUCAGUUCCGAUACUCCAAUUAAUUGCGAGUAUAGUGGUUUGCGAGGAGUUAUUGUGGAGGAAACGGCAGAACAGCACUUUUUGAAACAUAAUGAUGCUGGUUCAUGGAUUCAAGACUCUGCACUGAUGCUAUCAAUGUGUAAAGAGGUUCCGUGGUACCUGGAUGAUGGAAGUGCUCGUGUAUAUGUUGUUGGAGCUCGUGGUGCCGCUGGUUUGGUAUUAACCGUUGGAAGUGAAGUGUUUGAGGAAUCAGGAAGAUCGCUUGUUCGUGGAACAUUAGACUAUCUGCAAGGUCUUAAAAUGCUUGGAGUCAAGCGAAUCGAACGUGUUCUACCAACAGGCACUCCAUUAACUGUUGUUGGUGAGGCUAUUAAAGAUGACAUUGGAACUGUUCGGAUCCAGCGACCCCUUAAAGGUCCAUUCUACGUCUCUCAUAAAACCAUCGAUCAACUCAUUGCAAAUCUCGGGAAAUGGGCCAGGUGGUACAAGUAUGCUUCAGUGGGUUUUGCUGCAUUUGGUUUUUAUUUGAUUGCUAAGCAAGCUUUUCAAUACAUUAUGGAAAGAAAACGUCACUGGGAAAUAAAGAAAAGAGUUCUUGAUGCUGCAGCCAAAAGAACGACUUCAGACACCGAAGAAUUUGGAGUCAAUGGCACCCGAAAAGACGGACAAAUGCCUGAUAUAUGCGUUAUAUGCCUUGAGCAGGAGUACAAUUCUGUUUUUGUCCCGUGUGGUCAUAUGUGCUGCUGCGUGACAUGUUCGUCACACUUGACAAGUUGUCCACUAUGUCGAAGUCGAAUCACGCAGGUGGUGAAGACCUACCGUCACUGAGAUAUUGUCUAUUCGACAACUGUGAAAGUCAUAAUUUGUACUUUCUUUUGACCGUGUAUCUAAUAAGCGGUUUUGCGAGUUGUGUGUAUUCAUAUUUAACAGAUUUUGCCGGUGAACCCGGUUGUUUUUCAUCUUCUUUGAUAACUAGAACCAACAUUUAGCAUAACUUGUAUAUUAGAAAUUACUAUAUCUCCAUCUUUUCAUAUUCUUCUCUUUACCCACAUGUGUAAAUAUAUGCAUUUCAUAAAGUAACUUUAGCAAAUAUUAGUAGUUAUAUUUC